AUGGCCGAAUACGCGGCGGCAGCUAUCACAGCUUUGACAACAACAGCGGCCAUCGUCAGCAGUUCGACGGCGUACAGGCAGCAGAUAAAUAGAGGAUAUAACGGCAUCGAGAACCCACCAUGGCAGCGCCGCCCCCCGUUCACGAGCAUGUCCCUUCGACGUGCAAGUGCUUACUACGGGCAGCCAUUAUACUAUCCGCCCGGCUUACACGAGCACCUUGUGCAUCACGCCGAGUGCCCGGCCUCACAAUGUCACUACAGAGCUUUUCUCAUGGAUUCGAUCCAGCGAUACAACGAAACCAGGCGAGCCCUGCGAGAAACGUACGUGUGGAACCUACGGGAGUUAGCAUACGUACAUGCGGCACAGCCGCGCAAGCCGGCCGCUGACAAGACCGCCGAGGCCGAUCGCCUCUAUACUUACUACGUCUCGCGGGUUCGAGACGUCUUCGAAGAGCAUCGCUGUGAUCACCGCCGGCUAUUCGGUCAGGACUACCUAUAUUGGGCGCAGCCCGAGCGUGAGGACCAUGUAAGGCUAUUAUUACGCGACCGAACGAGAAGCAGGAUCGCCAGUCGUAUUGAGAGUUCUAGUAGCGAUACCAACGGCAAUAGCGAGACGCAAAGUACUGAUUGCACCAACACUGAGGAUGUGAAAGGAGAGAGAGAAGAAGUUUCGGAAUGCGCAGAAGGAAACGGAGGGGACGAAGAGAACUCAGUCGGAGGCACAGAGGACAAAGUAACAUAA